CCCAGAGUCUACUAGGCAAUGGAUGCGGUGGCUGUGUAUCACGGCAAAAUCAGCAGGGAAACCGGGGAGAAGCUCCUGCUCGCCACCGGGCUGGACGGCAGCUAUUUGCUGAGGGACAGUGAGAGUGUCCCGGGCGUGUACUGCCUUUGUGUGCUGUAUCAAGGUUACAUUUAUACAUAUCGCGUGUCCCAGACAGAAACAGGUUCUUGGAGUGCUGAGACAGCACCUGGGGUACAUAAACGAUUUUUCCGGAAAAUAAAAAAUCUACUUUCAGCAUUUCAGAAGCCAGAUCAAGGCAUUGUAAUACCUCUGCAAUAUCCAGUUGAGAAGAAGUCCUCAGCCCGAAGUACACCAGGUACUACCCAUAUGGGGAGAAGAGAAGAUCCUGAUGUAUGCCUGAAAGCACCAUGAAGAAAAAGAAAACACCUUGUACUUUAUUUUCAGUAAUUUAAAUAUAUGCUAAGUCUUAUAUAUUGUAGAUAAUACAGUUCAGUGAGCUACAAAUGCAUUUCUAAAACCAUCAUAGUCCUCUAAUGGAAGCAUCUAGCCUGAUGUUCAAGCUGAGAUGGGCUUUGUAGAUAAUGAAGAGCUUUGAAAUGAGGAUUGGGAAAAAAAAUAAUUCCCUAGGUUAUCUUCAGUUAUUGUAUUUACAAAUGGGAAACAAUUUAAAGCACAAUGAAUACUUUAUAAGCGACUGAUAUAAAUUCUUGCCAAAUACAAAUAAAAAUAAUACUCAGUUUUUGUCAAAAGCACCAUUUUUAGUGAAAUAUUAUUUGAGAGUUACCGAUUUGAAAUUGUUUCGCUUUGACUGUAUGGAGGGAUGUUGGUUAGUAGCCUUCAUCUUUGGCAUAUGCAGUUCUCCAUUAGCUAUGGUGUCAUAGGCUCUUUUGGGAUUCAUGAAGCUGUGUACUGUUUGCUAAAAUAAGAACUAGAGAAAGAGCAAAGCGUUUCUGUUUA